AUUCCCUACGUAGAUAUAUGAGACAACUUCAACUUCCGCUAUGACAAGCAGCUGCAGGCUGCAACGUAAAGGAAUAUCCGCUGGAAAGUGUCUAGACUCACUUCCAGAGCUCGGUAACUCUACGAAAUCAACCCAUCCCUAAAACCUAACCAUAACCGAACAGCUAACCCUAAACAUAACCAUUAAAAAUCGUCGUCCGGCCACUUUCUAGUGGAUAUUCAUUUCUGCAGGCUACAGUAAUAAUACCAUUUUCGUUGGGGGAACAAUCUGUUGUUGCGUUCUUGUAGCACAUAUUUCCGGUUCUGGUACAAUUCCGGUACUAGUAGCGCCAUAUCACCGUGAGACAGCAGACUUCUGGAGAUAAACUGAAAGCACUUAUCAUUUCUCCUGUAGUUUUUGUAAACACAAGUUAAUAAAUAAAUAAAGUAAAAAAGAUGCUGUCUGCAGCAACUUAUGGAGAGAAUGGAAAGAUGAAUGACUAUCAUUAUAGUGGACCUGUGGAACACAGAUUCUCACCUUACACGUUUAACGGAGGGACUGUACUGGCUGUUGCUGGUGAAGACUUUGCUAUCGUUGCCUCUGACACUCGAUUGAGUGAAGGUUACUCUAUUCACAGCAGAGACUCCCCUAAAUGCUACAAACUAACAGACAGAACUGUAAUUGGAUGCAGUGGAUUUCAUGGAGACUGUCUGACAUUGACCAAAAUAAUUGAUGCUCGGUUGAAGAUGUAUAAGCACUCGAAUAACAAGACAAUGACGAGCGGUGCAAUAGCAGCUAUGCUAUCCACCAUCCUGUACUCGCGACGAUUCUUCCCUUACUACGUUUACAACAUCAUUGGGGGUCUAGAUGAAGAAGGAAAGGGAGCAGUGUACAGUUUUGAUCCAGUUGGAUCAUACCAGAGAGAUACUUACAAAGCAGGAGGCUCUGCAAGUGCCAUGCUGCAGCCCCUCCUCGACAACCAGAUUGGGUUUAAGAACAUGGAGAAUGUAGAGCAUUUGCCUCUGUCCCAAGAAAAGGCAGUUCAGCUGGUCAAGGAUGUCUUUAUUUCUGCUGCUGAAAGAGAUGUCUACACUGGUGAUGCACUCCGAAUCUGCAUUGUUACAAAGGACGGCAUCAAGGAAGAUACUAUUCCACUCCGAAAGGAUUAAGCAAUUUUCUCUGCUGUGCAAAUCAGAAUUAACUUGUACUAUUUCCUUCAAUACAUGAUUUUAGUGUAACUUGCCCAAUAUUUUCUUCAUACACUCAUUUUUGUAACAGAAUAAAGGAAUCAAAAACAGAA